CGAAGUAGGAAAUUUCAUGGCCAAUGUGGUUACAGCUGUUUUCCAACUCGAAUUUUGCGGCGCUUCAUGACUGAUUUUGUGGAAAUUAAUUCACUUUUUUCCGUUAAGAUCGUGUCUUACUAAAAGUUAAUUUUUUUUGCAGAUUUUUGUUUCGAGGAAUUAAAGUCUUGUUGAUUUAAACGACAUCUAAUUACCUUUAAAGAAAGUGGCUUUCGGCAAUAGAUAGAUGCAAUCAGUGUUGAAAUAAGUUUACAAAGAUAACUCCGUAUUUUGAACGUCACAACUGUAAACCACAAAAGCCUUUGUUUAUGCCAAGAGUCCUUUAUCUGGCUUUAAAUAACCAUCUCUUAAAAUUAGCUUCCAUGCAGAGGGAAUUUAUUUCACCACUCACUGUUAGGAUUACUAGAGAUAAAUAUUUUCUUCAAAAAUGGACUUUUUUUCUUCCAUAACAUGCGGGAUGAAUUAGAACAUUUGCAAGUCAAUGCUCUGUCCGCUGCCAUUUUUAUAGCAACAGAAUAAAUUAUAGUCAGAUCAUGCGCGAACUUUGGGAGGAAGUUGGAAAAAAAGCCUGGUAGAGUAUUUAAACCCCAUAAGCCAAGGUACAUUCAGGUGCACGCUACAGUUUCGUUUCAGUUCAAUUCAGGUGCUCUGUUGCCAUUAACACAUAAAGAUCAAAUGUUUGCCCCAAACACAAACCAGCUCAGUUUCGCUCAGCGAAUGGAUCAAAACGUGCACACCAGCUUGCAAGUUAGCCGCGAAGCACCGCCGUUUUUACCAGAUAACAUUAUGGUUGGAACAAGCACAGGCUGUUUCACAGAUGGCAACACAUUUGACGGAGACACAGGCAACGACUCUGACUUCGCCAAAGGUAUCUAUAAUUUGCGUCCGAGAGGAGCUCUCACUCAUGUUCCGGCGCUGCCGAAGUUUGAGCAAGAGGAAGCUGGCCCCACUCCGCCCGUCAAAGCUAAGCGACAGCGCAACUCCUUGAAGAAACGUCUUCUUGUGAAUGCGCGGGAACGCGACCGAAUGCGUGUUUUAAACAACGGAUUUCAGGCGCUUCGGGACGCUCUGCCAUGUUAUAUUGCCGACGGACAUAUGGCAAAGAUCACUACUCUUCGUCUCGCUAUAAAUUACAUCAAGGCAUUGAACGAAGUCUUGAACGAGGAGCCGCCGCCUGUUUCAAGAUGCGCUCCUCAUCACCAGCCGCCAAACUCCACUGUUCCCCGCAACACCAACAUGAUGGGAAUCGCUGUUGACCCAGUUCAUUUUAAAACACCUCUUCCAAUUGAUGUUCGUCAUUCAAACACAAGGAUUUAAAAGAUGAACACCAUUCGCAUUUUGCAGACAUCUUCGCAGCGACAUAGUACAUAUUAGUUUCAAAUGAUUAUAAUGUGAUAUUCCUUUACUGAGAAUGUACAAGAAAAUCCGAAAAACAAAUAGUUAUAUAAACGUCUUUUGUAUUUGUAGAUAAGCAAUCCAUUUGCGAUAAAAUUUGCGCCGGUAUUAGGCUGUUGUCAUACAAAACGUAGGUUAAACGCUGAAUCAUAUUCAUUUUUUAUGUAAACCUCUAGAACUUUCGUCUUUCUUCCUUCUCACAGUCUUUGCAAUUAAUCGAAAAAUUCUCGCGCUAUCUACCUAACAGACCAACUUUCAACUGCUGUAAACGAUUAAACGAUAAGUUAAUAAAAAUUUGUAAACCACAAGCUGCAAAUAUGGUUAACUUUGAGUUGCUUACAGAAAAUUUCGAAUAUUUAAUUCAAGUUUUUAUAUCAGCCCAUAAGCUCUAGUUUGGUCGGUCUUGCCUGACCAUUUGCGCAGUAUUUACAUCAAAUUGUAUUCGUCUUUAAAGAUAUUUUAGUCAAAAAGCCAAUUCUUAUUUUAAACUUAACAAUAUUACCAAUAUUCUACAGUUGCAGUCUGGAUAAUCAGCCAAAAACGUUUAUUGUUUUUAAGGGCUUCUGUGUUUUAUUUAAAGGAACGGAAAUCGAUUUAAAAUUAAUUUUCAAUACACAUCAAAAGUUGGUACUUAAUCGCAUUAUAAAUGAAGUUACAAAAACUGAAAAAAAGGGACUAUAUUCUCAAAUGCAAAGCUUUCCGCGUUCAGAGCAAUUUUGUUAACAAUUAGGUUGUUUCUGGCAGAUGUAGACUUCGUAAAUAAAUUCUCCGAGUCGCAAUUUAUCUCAUGCUCAGUUGUUCAGUUUUGUUCACAACUUUCCUUUUUUUCAAACGUAGCAUUAUCCGUAGACUGCUAUAUCCUCGUGUUUGAGUCUUUCCCUUCCUUUUUAAUUUUUUUUUUUUUGCGGUUUUUUCCAUUGUUAUACUUGAAAAUAGCCGAAAACAUUUACGAAAAAAAAAGGUCGAUCGCUUUGUUCCUAAGGAGUUAAUUUUUCGCUAAGUUUUUUGUCUUAAAAGCAACUGUCAUUUCGACUUCUCCCGUCGACACUAUAAUGAAACGUGGCACUUGAAGAUUCUCUCGGAGUGAGCUGUUUCAAAGAACAAUUAAGACUUCAAAGACGGCUUAUUUAGGCACAAUAUGGUUUACUCACGAGAGACAUUAUAAUUGAGUAUGCAUUAAAGAGUAUUUCGUAAA